UUUGUUUGCUCUUUUUUGUUUAGUAUAUUUGCCUUGCACUUUAUUGUCACUUUUGCACAUUGUCUUUUCUUUUCAACCUGUUCAAUUUUUUUUGUCUAAAACCGCCUCCCCCCAAUAGAAAAAAGUAGUGCUCGCUUGCAAUAAACAAAAAACAAACAAGAAAUAAUUAUAAAACACAGGUGUAGCCCCUUCUCUUACGCAUUCCAUCCUUACGUUAAUCUGUCUGUUCCUUUCUAAUUUUUUCCUUUCUUUUAUUUCCUUGCAUUCUCACUUCCCUUUUCUUUUUUCUACCUCUUUGCACCUUAUUUUUCUAUUCAACUAAUAAUUAACCGCAUUCCUUUACCUGUCCGCCUCGCAUACCCGUUUUACUGCGCUCCUUUUUAUUAUAAUUAUCUUAUUCUCUUUAUUUAUUUCAGUUCAACACAUAUAUCGGCCAUAUAUGACUUCCAGUAGUCGCGCAAAAGAGUAUACGGAACUUGGCAACGCUCGGAUAAAGCCCAAGGCAGCACGAUUGCUUGGACUAGCUUCGCCCACAAUGUCUAUGGCAUCCCGGUCAAGCAACACACUGGUGACAACUAGAAGCAGGAGCAGAAGUAAAGCUAGAAGCACCAGCAUCAGUAUCAGUAUUGGCAGCGAUGACGAGCUUUUGAAGCAUGCCGAAGCACUGCACGAACCGUUGACCCCGCAGUCGCCUUUAUCCCUAACAGCAGAGAUACACGUGUCAAAGUGGGUUCCAGAGUGGCCCGAGCCAGACAACGAGUAUGUCGAGACAAUGAUGCGGCGGCGACCAUCAAUGGCUGCGUACAAGCACAAUGUGCUCCAGGAUUCCCAGGCACUGCAAAUAGAUGAUUUGGAAGAUCCCUUGACUGUGUGGCAGCAUAAGGCGUUGUUGCCGAGAUCUGCCAGUGUUCCUAAAGGCGCAACCAACCAGUGGGUUCGCAGAUGCGGUUGGCAGUUACCGAUGGACCCGUUGUUUGUAAUGCAAUGGGUUGUGUCGCUGACACUGUCAACAGGGUACUUUGCCUUUAUCCGCCCGCUAUCCUCUAUAGCUAGCGGCAGUUCUACUUCCGAUUCGUGGGUUUUUACAGCGGGCAACGCAUUGGGUGCGGCGUUUAUAAUUACCGCCCAUAUUUUCAACAUUACAACCUCUUGCAUUAAUCCGCAGGCACCCGAGGUGUUGGCGCAGGGCGUGGACCGCAACCUGUACUAUAAGCAGACCUGGGGCACGCCGACUAUUGAUCCUAUGACAACCACAUGCCGUGUCUGCCGCGUCCACACCAAACUGUUGACGCGGCACUGCAAGCGGUGCAAUAAGUGCGUGGCAGGCCUGGAUCACCACUGCAGGUGGCUUAAUACAUGUAUUGGAACGCGCAACUACAUGCAUUUUUUCUUAUCCGUUGGCUGUGCCUUUGUAGGGCUGGCUUUUGUGCUUGCUUAUUCCCUGCGCUUGGUCUACAUUGCCGGGUUGAGAGAGUCCGACUUUGACACUAUGGUUGGACAAAUGUUUGGCUUAGUGAAUAAUGGGGAUACGGUGUCAGCGCCAGGUAUUGCUGUAAUGUGUGGGUUGGCGUUUUAUACGGUGAUGACUGCCGCUUUUUUUGUUGCCAUGGGCCAGCUGUUGGUUUUGCAUGUGCGGCUAUCUAUUACUGGCACAACCACUAUUGAUUAUGCCGCCCAAACACAGAAUUCGAGCAAGGCGAUGUGCGGAAAAGAUAAGGAUGAGGUUUUUAGUUAUGACAACCGGAUGAUUCCAAUGACGUCUAUUGGGAAUUCUCAAGACACCCUUGCUUCGACUGGAUUGCAGAGGUUUGAUGGGAUAUGUGAUUUGGACCCUGGGACUGUUAGUGAAUCACGUAUUGCAACUGGUCGCAUCUGGCAGUACUUUGGCCGUUUUCAAUCAAGCGCCAAGUAUAGCAAGAUUGGGACCGGUAAUAGCCUGGUAUGACAAGCUUGCAUUGCUAAAAUUGACGUCAGCUGCCAAUGUUGUAUGACAUUUUUACAAUAAUAAAAUAUUUAUU